AGCGUGGAGGGGGAGCAGCACGAGCGGGCGGUGGAGCUGCUGAAGGCGGCGCAGGGCUCGGUGAAGCUGGUGGUGCGCUACACCCCGCGCGUGCUGGAGGAGAUGGAGGCGCGGUUCGAGAAGCUGCGCACCGCCCGCCGCCGCCAGCACAACAGCUACUCGCAGGGCGCCGGCAGGAUGAUGUGCGAGGUGCUGCCCACCAUCAGCGAGGAUGCCCGGCGGGGCUCGGGGUGCCCCGAGGAGCCGGGGCUGGAGCAGCUGAUGGUGCAGAUGCUGAGGGAGCGGGAGCGGCUGCUGGAGACCCUGCGCGACACCCAGGAGGGACUGGCCACCGCUCAGCUCCGCCUGCGCGACCUGGCCCACGAGAAGGACUCGCUCCAGAGACAGCUCACCAGUGCCCUGCCGCAGGAGUUCGCGGCGCUGACCAAGGAGCUCAACGUCUGCCGGGAGCAGCUGCUGGAGCGGGAGGAGGAGAUCGCCGAGCUCAAGGCCGAGCGCAACAACACCCGGCUUCUCCUGGAGCACCUGGAGUGCCUGGUGUCCCGUCACGAGCGGUCCCUGAGGAUGACGGUGGUCAAGCGCCAGGCUCAGUCCCCUGCCGGGGUCUCCUCCGAGGUCGAGGUCCUCAAAGCCCUCAAGUCCCUCUUUGAGCACCACAAAGCCCUCGAUGAGAAGGUUCGGGAGCGGCUGCGGGUGGCUCUGGAGAGGGUGGCCGUCCUCGAGGAAGAGCUGGAGGUCUCCAACCAGGAGUCCCUGUCCCUGCGGGAGCAGCUCUCCCGGCGACGCUCGGGCCUGGAGGACACGCCCAGUGACGGGGACACCCCGGGCACCCCUGAGGGCCGUCGUCGCGAGGCGGAGCUGGAGGCCUCGCUGUGCCGGCAGCGAGCCAUGGCGGCCCAGCAGCGGGAGAGAGUGGCUGCCCUGUGCCGGCAACUGGGGCGGCUCCAGGAGGAGGCGGCCGGGGCCCAGCGGGAACUGGCCCGGGCCCAGGAGGCGGGGGCCAAGCUCCAGAGGGACCUCAAGCAGGCGUUGGCGCAGCGGGAGGACAUGGAGGAACGCAUCACCACCCUGGAGAAACGCUACCUGAGCGCCCAGCGCGAGGCCACCUCCCUCCACGACGCCAACGACCGCCUGGAGAACGAGCUGGCCAGCAAGGACUCGCUCUAUCGCCAGAGCGAGGAGAAGGGCCGACAGCUUCAGGAAUGGUUGGAGGACGCCAAGGCCAAGCUCCAGCAGACCCUGCAGAAGGCCGAGACCUUGCCUGAGAUCGAAGCCCAGUUGGCCCAGAGGGUGGCGGCCCUCACCAAGGUGGGGGGCUGA